GCCAUGAUUUGAACAAACUUGAAUCUGCACUAUGCCAGGAAACUUUCAUGUAAAUCUAAGCUUUUCUGGCCCAUUGGUUCUUGAGAAGAAGAGUUUUAAAUGACUCCACCCUAUUUUUGCAUUUUUACAAUUAUCUCCCCUUUGAAAGGGAUAUGGCCCUUAAUUCAUUUGAACAAUCUAGAAAGUCCUUCACCCAAGGAUGCUUUGUAACAAGUUUGGUUGAAAUUGGUCGAGCGGUUCUUGAGAAGACAUCGAAAAUGUGAAAAGUUUACAACGCCGACGACAGUCAACGGACUGCUGCUGCUGCUGAAGAUUUUUAAUACUAUGAUUUUUCCACAUUUUACAUAUUGUUGUACUAUAUGGAGCAAUCCAAGAAAUGCUGAAAAUGUGAAUAAGCUUUUUAUAUUGCAAAAACGAGCUGCAAGGGUAAUUCUUAACAUCAGAAAUUUUGAAACACCAUCUAAUGUCAUGUUUACAGAACUUAACUGGUUGCCUCUAUCAGAUUACUUUGUCUAUAGAAAAGUCAUUUUAGUGUAUAAAGUUUUACAUGGUUUAAUGCCAGAUUAUUUAAAUGUUUUUAAAUAUGUAUCAGAAGUCAGUCAGAGGCAAACUAGAAAUUCUUAUUCAAAUAUCUUGUAUAUACCCAGGGCAAAAACAGAAUAUUAUAGAAGAUCUUUCAGCAUUUCAGGGAGCACAGUGUGGAAUGCCUUGAGUCAAAACAUAAGAAACUCAACGAGUGUUGCGUGUUUUAAGAGAAAUUAUCUUAGAGAUUAUCACCAUACUUUUUAAGCUUCAUUUUGUAUUCUAUUUAUCUUACAUUCAUAAUUAUUUCUUAAGUUUAUAUGUAUUCUACUUCUUUUAAUCUGUGUUUAUUUUACUAAUAUCUGUCUGUAUGUAUGUUAUAUGCAGGACCAUAUUGAAAACUAGCGUUAUCGCUAAAUAUGUAAUCCUGGUUAAAUAAAGGUCUUAUUAUUAUUAUUAUUAUAACGGACAAAUUUUGAUCAGAAAAGCUCACUUGAGCCUUUGGCUCAGGUGAGCUAAAAAGGAGCUAGGACAGUAAGAAUUUUUUUUACCACAAUACCCUGGCUACAUAUCCUUAUACAAGUCUAUUUUCACAGCAAAUGUAAUUGUGGUAGUAGUAGAUCAAGUUUAAGCAUUUUGUUAUCAAGAUUUGCAUCAGGAAUUUUACACGUUCGUAACACCUUUCAUCUCAAAGGUUCAAAAUCAUUAAUGAUUGUGAUCAUUAUAUUGCUACAUGUAUUUUAUUAAAAUAAAUGGAAUUGCUAGUGAAUAGCAUUGGUGUUUAUUUAUGAUUCAAUUUGAUUUUAUUUGUGUACAUAAAUGAAUUUCUUCAUCCUUGGAGUUGGUUUGGACUUUGAAAAUAUCAUGGAUGAAACAGAUGCAGGUUGAAAAACCUCUUCGGUCAUAUUUUAAAAAGCAUUUAAAAUAAGAGGAAAAAUGUUUUAUAUUACGAUAUCACGGAGGUGACAGGAGCCUAUUGUUUAUUAUUGACCAAAGGACUGUGGCUCAGAGGUACACUGUGUACAAUACAGGCAAAUGGCAGAGGAUUCAGAAUUAUUACAAUAUGUAAACAUAUAUUAUCAGACAAAUAUAAAGUUUAGAAACUAAUAAAUCUAUAAGCAACGAAAAAAGAAACCUCAUUAAUGACAGUUAACAGAUAGUGCUUCUCUUUGUUUUGUAGCUUUCACUAAAUACUGACAAAGCUUAUGAAUAGUUUUAAAGUUAUAUACAAACAAGAUGCCCAAUGGCCACACUGCUCACCUGAGUUACCAUGGCCCAUAUUACAAGAUUUUCUUUAUAUAUUCGCAUGUAAAACUUUGAUCCCUAUUGUGGCUCUAAUUUAAUUCCAGGGGCCAUGAUUUUUACAAAAUUGAAUCUGCACUAUGUCAGGAAGCUUUCAUGUAAAUGUAAAAUUCUUUGGCCCAAUGGUUCUUGAAAAGAAGAAUUUUAAAGAUUUUCCCAAUAUAUUUGUAUGUAAAACUUUGAUCCCCUAUUGUGACCCUAUCCUAUCCCCAUAGAAACCAUAAUUUUAACAAACUUGAAUCUGCAUUAUGCCAGGAAUCUUUCAUGUACUUUCCUGGCCCAGUGGUUCUUGAGAAGAAAAUGUUCAAAGACUAUACAUAUAUAUUCGCAUGUAAAAUUUUGAUCCUCUAUAGUGGCCACAACCUACACCCCCCAGUGGUCAUGGUUUUAACAAACUUGAAUCUGCACUAUGUAAGAAAGCUUUCAUGUAAAUUUCAGCUCUUCUGGCCCAGUGGUUCUUGAGAAGAUUUUUAAAUGACCCCACCCUAUUUUUGCAUUUUGUGAUUAUCUUCCCUUUAUAGGGAGCAUGGCCCUUCAUUUGAACAAACUUGAAUCCCCUUUACCCAAGGAUGCUUUUUGCCAAGUUUGGUUGAAAGUGGCCCAGUGGUUCUGGAGAAGUCGAAAAUGUAAAUUAAAGUUUACAAACAGACAACAGACAAUCAGAAAAGCUCACUUGAGCUUUCAGCUCAGGUGAGGUAAAAAGUGAUACCACCUUGACCUUGAAAAACAGUAGUCAUCCUCUGUUUGACAUAAGGUGUAUGUGUACCAAGUUUGAUGGUCCUAAGCCCCUAUAGUUCAGUCUCUAUUCUGCCUAUAAGAUACUGUAGAUAGAUACUACGACCUUGACAAACAAUCGGCAUCGCCUUCCCCUCAGGUGAUCAAACGUACCAAGUUGUAAGAUCCUGGAGCUUACGGUUCAUUUUGCAUACAAGGUCCAGAAAGAUGGAGCCAUACCAUUACACAUUCCGUCUUUGACAAGCGUAUACAAAUACAGACACAAACGCGUAUUCAUUUUGUCCCCUAUGGUCACAAGUUCUCUAUAGGUUUCACUCAACGUUAUUUUGCAAUUUCAUAAACACAUAUUGAUAUCUAAUCAAAUAUCUGACUAAAAUAAAGGGUGUCAGUAAUGUUUUUAAUUCAGAAUGCAGAUACAUACAAUUGUGUAGGAACUUAGACCACUAAAUAUACUGAUAAGUUACUGCCCUUCGACCAUAUAAAAUCAAUAAUACAAUAAUCUUAAAAGUGUACCUACAAUUCAUAAUCAUUUACGGUUCACUUCUUUUAUUGACACUUUGUUCAGUUGACUGAAUUAAAUUGAACUACAUUUCAAACCGAGAUUCAAUAGCACAGUAUUGAUCACCAUAAUUAAAGUUUUUAAUUCACCAUUCAAUUGUUUUUUAUUACUGUUGAUAUAAUCUUUAUGGAUUACAUUUUAGUUAGUUUGUAUUAUUCAAUAUUGGAUAUUUACUCCAUAUAUCUAGAUUAUAUGUUACUUCAACUUGUUUAUACAGUGGAACCCCGUUAUUACGUUUUCCAUUUUGUCACGAUAAAAUAACGUAAUACCGGGGGCAACGUAAUAAACGUUCCCAGUUAAAUCCGUUAAAAAAAAAAAAAAUCAUUUGGAAAUUGUAUAUCGUCCGUUGGUACUCCGUGACGGGGUGUGUGAAUAUAUCUUUACUGUUUCUUUGUUUAAAAGACUAUGAUACUUUGUUUUAUUUACAUCUUAUCUUUAAUGUCCGUAAUUCUUCUUGUUCUUAUCCCUUUUCUUUAUUUCGGUGUAGGAUACAUAAGGAUGUUUUGAUAAACGUUGCUUUUUCUGCAUUCGUUUGGACCGCCAUUUUGUUCAACUUUAAAACAAUGCGUUCAUGUAAAUUUCUCUCAAUAACUCGUUCCGGUUCGUAUUCAACAUUCGUAUUUAAAAAAUAACAAAACAUCGUUUUUAUUAAGUUCUCUAAUUACACAAUACACAACACAAUAAAAAAAUCCCACCCAAAAAACAACAAAACUAUAGACACAAAACGCACACGAUACCCAACACUUACACACUUCUCACCAAUGAUAAACAUGCAGUGCACGGAGAACAAUUUAAGCGCAAUCCACAUAAAAAAAUUAUAUAAUGAUGCACGAACAUUUCAUUUAUAACGCUAAAUGAUGGCACUAAAAUCACGUGCGCAUCAAGGGAUUUUAAAAUAUUCACUGAGGUAAAUGCCGUGCACGAAUCGGCCGAUAGAUUGGUGUAUGUAUGGACGAGAUUUACGAACACCCAAGCUGCAUGUCCAAACAACGAACAAUUUUUUUAAUUGAACACCUUUAAUCACCUAUGUCCAAGCAAUUACCCAAGCGGUUGUAACAUUGCUACGAUAAAUCUUGUCUUUCUUGUUUGGUACCAAAGCUGUCCGUAAAUAGAGUUUUAAUAGCGAAGGUAAUCACACUAUCCUGAACACGCAGGUGGUUGAGAAAUUAUUUCUUUGAUUAUCAAAAUAUGAAAAAUGAAGUAAAUUUCAUUGAGUACAAUUUCUAAAUAAACAUUAUUUAAUUGUUUAUCACUGGCUUCUAUACGGGGUAUUUACCUGUAUUGAUGUCGCUAGAUCUAUCGAAGCGUGAUCAGUCAAGCGUCUCUAAUCCCCAAUCAGAUCAGAAAAUUUAUGUGGUGACUGCCUCAGGCAGUCAAGGUGUGAAUGGCUUAUUAUUUUGAGAAUCAUUAUUGAAUAAUUAGGGGUUUAUUACGUUUUUGUCGGAAUUUUUACAACGUAAUAUCGAGUCCCGGCAUUUUAGGACAACAUAAUAACGAGGUCUAUUUUAUAUAGGUUUGUUAAGAAAUGGUUUUGUGCUUUGAAAUUCCAACAUAAUAUGCGGACUAACGUAAUAAUGGGGGAACGUAAUAACGGGGUUCCACUGUACAAUGCAUACUAAGGCUUUUAAUGCUAUGAUGUUGAAAGGUCACAUUAAUACAAUGAAAUGAUAAUUUGGUAGAUGUGGUUGAUAAAAAGCAUUUCUAUAUUUAGUAUCCUAUCAGAGUUUAACUAGUGAAUCGUAUCUUCCAAAUUGUGUUAUCGAGUAUAUAACCUCAAGCACUUUUAGUAUUUCAGCUGGGCUCGAUCUUUACCACACCUUGGAACAAGGUAACUUAAUUGGAGUAGCCUAGCUUGCACGGUUGAUCCUAAAUAAGCUACCAUUAAAUUGACUCAUUUUCAGUAUUUCAAUUGAUUAGAAUUUUUCCUACCAUGAUAAUAACUAUUAUUUUCUCUUUUUUUGUCAUUAGAACCUUAGAAUUUAUUAUCUAAAAAAAAUAAAAUCAACUUUAUAUUGCUUUCAUUUCAAGCCUGUACCAAGCGGAUUCACUCACUUUGGUUUUUCAUGGAAUAUUUUCACAAUGCAAAGUUGAAGCAUUAAAUUACAGGUAGACAAGUUCAACUCUACUACAAUGAACAGAAUUGAUCAAUGAAACAUGAAAGGUUUGUCAAUGACAGGAAAUAUAUAAAAUUUACAAACUUAGUGAAACCUCAGCAAAUGUUUACAAUCUGUUUACAAUUAGAUAAUUAUAAACAGCUGAUUGCAUCAUAAGAUUAGGAAAGUCUGAAACAGGUACAUGUAAGUAGCCUAAAAUGAAAGUAGAUAAAGUGGGACUUUCCACUCCUGAAAAUACCCACAUUCAUACCUAACAAUGGAGUCCCCUAGUUUCACACCCCAAAUUGAAACAGGUAUACAACAUAUGUCAGAGUCCGUGUUUGUGGGACUCUGUCGUACAGUGGGGACCUCACAACAGGUGACAAUGCGGAGAGAUAUGUUAGACAUUAAGCAUAUGGUGAGGAAUAAAGUAACAACAAAUAACCGGAACACAGUGAUGUGGAGUGGAAGUUACAGAGAGGGGUUCAGAAUGAAGGGAUCUGAUGUGGAUGGCAUGUUUUGGUUUAAUGAACGAGUGAUUUGGGACUCAUCUCAGACCCAGUUUUACAAUGUACACAGACAACCCCUGAUUCUCUCUGUUUCUUCUGAAAGUCCACCCGGAUUUACUUUACUUCAAUUACUGACACCAAGAGCAAGGAGAAGAGUUAUCUCAGCAUUAGUCACAAUGAAUGGUAGACAUUAUAUAUCUAGUUCUAAGUACAGAGAGAUCACAUGUUCUGUUAUAAUGCCUAACUCUACAGUCCAUGGUCCAUGUGGUAGUGGAGCUAUAGGAGGAUUACUAGAAUAUGACACUGCUUUCUGUUUUGCUUGUGACUUUUGGCCUCCAUCUGCCUCCUCAUGGAUAGACAGAUGUCACACAUGGCCCCAGCCACAGGUUGUUAGGGACAUAGUCAGAAGUGGAUGUCACUUUGUAGCAAUAGGACACAAAUUAGGAAAUCAUGAAAGCAAUGAAUGGAGAAUUUCAUUUUCUUUGGCAGAACAAAAACUUGUGUACUCAAUGAACCACUGUCAAUUCUUAACCUAUGGUUUGCUGAAAUUGUUCUUAAAAGAAGUCAUUAACAUUGGAUUAGGUGAUAAUGAGAAAUUACUGUGUUCCUAUCACAUGAAGACAGCAGUUUUCUGGAUGAUUCAACAAAACAAAAUACCCAACUGGUGUCCACAGAAUCUCCUAAAAUGUUUCUGGUACUGCUUUAAACUCAUCCUUAAAUGGGUGUAUGAGGGAGUCUGUCCCAACUUUUUCAUUCCGGAAAACAACAUGUUUCUCAGUAAUAUCCACGGUGAAGCACAAAACAGAUUAUUUGUUAGACUGUUUGGUUUUUAUGAAAAGGGUUUAGCAUCCCUGCUACACAGUCCCUCCCUCAGGUUCUAUCUUGUAAAUGUCCUUUGUAACCCCAGACUCAGAAUUUGUACAGACGAACACACUCUGAUAUCUGAGAUUGAGUUUGAUAGGGAAAUGUUCAGUGAGAUAUAUAGAAAUUCAGCAUUCCCAUCAGACCUCUACUUCAAUAUGAAGAACUUAAACACAGUAGAACAGUUGACAGUCUCACCCCUGACACAGUAUCAAGUUGCCAUGUUACAGGUACUUACAGCCUCCUUCCUUCACAAAGUUGUUUUUAAAUUACAAAACAUGUACUGCAGCACCACUGAAAACAAGCUGAUGUAUAUUGCUGACAGAAUGUCCUCUCACAUGUUGAAACUCACAGCCAAGUUUGGGUGUAUUUCUGACAGGUUGUACAUUGCAAUGUAUUAUUACAAGACACUCAGAUACACAGAAGCUUUGUCUGUGAUAGAGAUGACAAAGGUCAACUUAGCUCAGCCAUAUGUGAUGUAUAACAGGACAGUAGACACAGAGAGGUAUACCGAGGCUGUAGGGGGACAGUCCUGGUCUACAAAGUUAAGACAUGCUGUAGCAUGGAAUAUCGAAUUAAACAACAGUAUCAUUUAUAUCAAUGAAUUAAUGACAGAGCAGGAUGUUUCCUUACAGAACCAUUGCUCUGUAUUGUCCAUCCCACCCCUAGUUGUGUUACACAUGAUGGAGUUCUUGUGUUACAGACAUAUUAACACAAUGAGAGCACAAACAGCUCUUAAUGAUCUACAGGUCCUAGUUCACCAUGAUCAGGGGGUGUAUGUAGGUGUGAACUUUAGAGACAUAUCAUGGCAGAUCCUGGGUAUCUGUCAACAGAUCUCGGGGAACCUCCAGGCUGCUCUAUACUCCUACCAACAAUCACUCAGACAAAUUCCAUUCCAUGAAAUACAAAGUGCUACACUAAUGAGAAUAUGUGAACUCAGACACAUUUAAAUAGUCCAUGGCUUUAACUAAUGAGAAUACGUGACCUCCAAUAUGGACAUCAUAGUUCAUAAGCCUUUAAUUCAACUACUGAGUGACUGUCUGAAUUAUCAGUAAAGCAAAUGUGUUAAUUAAGGAAAUUUCAGAUGUUAUUAGUUACUUGAUGUAGAUUAAAUAUGAAAAGAUUUA